CUCACUUCCUGUUCCGGGUUAUAAGCCUAAAACGUCGCGUGAACGGCGCGACUAAACAGAAAGUUUAGUAGAAAACUUGGCAGUCUGAGGGAUUUACCCGGCUAAAACUGGUUGUUUUUUGUUCUACUCUCGCGGCGUGUACAGACUGUCGAGAAACAAAGAGCUAUUUGAAAGAGCUAGAGAUGUCUCUUCCCAAGCGGGAGGUGGAGGAGCUGAGGCCAUGGGUGGAGCGCACAGUGAAGAAGGUCCUGGGUUUCUCAGAGCCCACCGUGGUCACUGCAGCUUUGCACUGUGUGGGAAAGGGAUUGGACAAAAGGAAGACCAUAGACCAGCUGCGUCCGUUCCUUGAUGAAUCUGCUGGUGGUUUUGUGGAACGUCUUUUUGAAGCGUUGGAGGAGAGUCGCAACACCCGUGGCAGCAAAGGAGCGGGAGAAAGAAACCGCAAGAGAAACGUCAAAGAUGUCUUUGGUGAUGAGGGCGAUACAGGUGCAGUGCAAGAACCUCACGACUCAGCGGAUGGGACAGUCGUAAAGCGGAAACGGACUCCUCGCUUUGAGGAGGUGGAGGAACCUGAGGUCAUACCUGGACCGCCAUCCGAGAGCCCUGGCAUGCUCACUAAAAUGCAGAUCAAACAGAUGAUGGAGGCGGCCACAAGACAGAUAGAAGAGAGGAAGAAACAACUGAGCUUUUCAUCUUCAGUCCCUGGUGCAACAUCACAGCUGGAUUCCCCUCCAGUCUCACGGCUUCUUGGCAGCGCUGCAGCCGGUGGUGGUGCCUCAUCCAUCGCCCCCUCCCAGGCAGCCAGCUUCAUGAAUGACGCAAUCGAGAAGGCCCGCAAGGCUGCUGAGCUACAGGCACGCAUCCAGUCCCAGUUAUCCAUGAAGCCUGGUAUCCUCGGAGCCCUGGGGAACACUGGGCCUCAGAACUUAGUGGCUCUAGCUAAUCUACAUGCCAUGGGGAUUGCUCCACCGAGAGUAGAAGUUAAAGAGGUGAACAAGCCAACACCUCUCAUUCUGGAUGAGAAAGGAAGAACUGUGGAUGCCAGUGGCAAAGAGGUUGAGCUCACACACCGCAUGCCCACUCUCAAAGCUAACAUCCGAGCAGUAAAGAGGGAGCAGUUCCGUCAGCAGCUGAAGGAAAAGCCUGGAGAGGACCUGGAGUCCACGUCCUACUUUGACAAUCGUGUGUUUAUUACACCUGCUCAGCGUCCACGCAAGGGCUUUAAAUUCCAUGACCAGGGACGGUUUGAGAAGAUUGCUCAGCGAAUCCGAACAAAGGCCCAGUUGGAACGGUUGCAAAAUGAAAUUGCCCAGGCAGCAAGGAAAACAGGAAUCCAGGCAUCCACCAAGCUGGCACUGAUUGCCCCGAGAAAAGAAAUUGGAGAAGGGGAGGUGCCCAGUAUUGAGUGGUGGGACUCUUACAUCUUGCCCACCAACAUGGACAUAAAUCCAGAAACAAAGUUCGAAGAGUUAGUGUUGUUUGGUGUCACCAACCUGGUUGAACAUCCUGCUCAAAUGAAACCUCCAGUUGACACAGAUAAGCCUGUAACUCUGGGCGUUUACUUGACAAAGAAAGAACAGAAGAAGUUGCGGAGGCAGACCCGGAGGGAGGGUCAAAAAGAAGUGCAAGAGAAGGUCCGACUGGGACUGAUGCCUCCCCCAGAGCCUAAAGUGCGAAUCUCCAACCUGAUGAGAGUCUUGGGCACGGAAGCUGUUCAGGACCCCACAAAAGUAGAGGCCCAUGUCAGAGCUCAAAUGGCCAAGAGACAAAAGGCUCAUGAGGAAGCUAAUGCAGCUCGCAAACUCACAACAGAGCAGAGAAAAGAGAAGAAGGUGAAGAAGUUAAAAGAAGACCUCACUGAUGGCGUUUACAUUUCAGUGUACAGGAUCCGCAACCUGCAAAAUCCUGCUAAGAAGUUUAAAGUGGAGGCCAAUGCCAACCAGCUGUACCUGACAGGCACAGUAGUUCUGCACAGAGACGUCAACCUUGUUGUGGUGGAGGGAGGUCCUAAGUCACAGAAAAAAUUCAAGAAGCUGAUGCUCCACAGAAUCAAAUGGGAGGAGCACAACAGUAAAAGAGACGACCCAGAUGGUGACGACGAUACAAAGAGAAACAACAAGUGCUGGUUGAUUUGGGAGGGAACAGCUAAAGAGCGUAGUUUUGGGGAGAUGAAAUUCAAGCAGUGCCCCACAGAGAGCAUGGCCAGGGAACACUUCAAGAAGCACGGCACAGAACACUACUGGGACCUAGCGCUCAGCCAGAGUGUGUUGGACAGCACAGACGACUGACGGCUGCCAUCGGAGCGCCUCGUUUAAAUCAGUGGCCCCCUCCUCCAAGAUCCAGAGCCUCACAUCCAGCAGACCCUCACUGGCUUCACCUGCAGGGACACAGACUUGCUUAAGAGACUUAAACGUAGAAAAGGAGGAACAAUUAAACCUGUGUGGAUGUUUGCGUGAGAAUGUGCAACAGAUAAGUGUGUACGACGGUAUGUGUGUGUAGGUCUGCAUCAGCGUUUAUCUCUUUGGUGGUAGGCCGUUCUGUCAGAUAUUUUGUUAUGUAUUAUUGAAUACGGUCAGACAGGUUGCACUGUGUGAUGUGAAGCUUACCCAGGGCUUUAUGUGAUGUGGAUGAUGAGAUCAGAUUAUGUUUUGACUGAUGUUUUGUGUCGAACGCCCCAUCUCUACUGUUAAUAAUCCCCAUUUGAGUCAAGUUAUAAAAACAAAUGAAACAUUUAGGUAAAGUCUUGAGUGAUAUCUGUGUAAUGCUGUAGUCAUUACGCGGAUAUAACACAGAAUUUAAGGUUUCCAAAUUCACUUUUCUAUUGGAGAAGCGAGUUCAUUUCUGGCUGUAGCUUUAUUUCUCUGUAACAUGACAGUCAAGCCUUUAAUAAACUUAAUGUAACCGA